AUUGGGGAAAUGGUUUAUGUUCAACGCACCAGCGAAUCAUCUGUCAGCUGUGUUCCGGUCCAGCGCAUCGUCGAGUUGGAAUUUUUCCUCAGAUAUAUCGAUAAUUUACAGAUAGGGGGCCUAAUCGACAGAAUUUGACAGAAAAAUGAGCUUAGCUACGUCGUAUAGGUUUGAGGCAAACACUGCCACAAACAGGAAGAGCUUACAACGGGCGCUUCAGCCUCAGAAAGAACGAAUUAAGUAUGAUGAGCUAAUGGCAAGACGUGAGUCAGUUGUCAAAAGUGAGUUGGAGCUUAACCAGAAGGCAUUCUGGUCAGAGAAUCUGGAGGAAGCCAGUGAAUUCCGCCAAGCCAAAGAUUUAGCUUCUCAACUCAAGACAGAGACCAAAUUUGCCAACAAAGCUCUUGUAGAGGUUAGAAGAGCGGCCCUCAGGCAGCGACUUCAGCAGGAAUAUGAAGGCUAUGAACAAGAACUACAAGCCCAGGGUAAAGCGUUCUACUUCAAAAGAGAGUGACUGUCCAGGAGUGUACAUAACUAUAGCAGAGGACCGGACCAACAUUCCUUAUAUCUACACUAUUUCCUUGAAAACCGCAUAGGCAAGCUUUUUACAUCAGUCGUUGGGAAAGACAACGUCAGAUAUGCAGAACUUAUUUUUCUUUUGUUUUUAAGGAGUAGGGAAGGGGCAUGACACUGACUAAACUAGGAACAGGGUGUGAUGGUUUCUCCUUUCAUCGAUCCAGGAAAGCAAUUUUUCUAAGAAUCACUUUUUGUGUAACUCUGUACUCUUCUUCCAUGUAUGAAGACUGGUGGACAUCUUUGUUGAGUUGCGUGAACUGAACGACAUCAUAGUUCUGUUCAUGAAUAUGCAAAUUGCAUUAGCAUAAAAUCAAAAAGCAUCAAAAUAUGGGCUUAAAUUGCAAAACAAAACU